AUGGCGGACUUCCUGCCGUCGCGCUCCGUGCUGUCGGGCUGCUUCCCCGGCUGCCUGCUCACUAGCGGCGAGGCCGAGCAGCAGCGCAAGUCCAAGGAGAUCGACAAGUGCCUCAACCGCGAGAAGACGUACGUGAAGCGCCUCGUCAAGAUCCUGCUGCUGGGCGCGGGCGAGAGCGGCAAGUCCACCUUCCUCAAGCAGAUGCGGAUCAUCCACGGGCAGGACUGGGACCGAGCGGCCCGCGAGGAGUUCCGCGCCACUAUCUACAGCAACGUGAUCAAGGGUGUGAGAGUCCUCGUAGAUGCCAGAGAGAAACUUCAUAUCCCUUGGGGAGAUCCCGCUAACCAGAGUAAUGGAGAUACGAUGAUGGCUUUUGAUACUCGGUCAGUGACGGUGGUGCAAGGCAUGGUGGAGACAGCAGUUUUUUUACAGUACCUUCCAGCCAUAAGAGCUCUAUGGGCGGAUAGUGGUAUCCAGCACGCGUAUGACAGGCGCAGAGAAUUCCAGCUGGGGGAAUCUGUAAAGUAUUUCUUGGACAACUUGGAUAAACUUGGAGAACAAGAUUAUCUUCCCUCACAGCAAGAUAUACUGCUGGCACGAAGACCCACGAAAGGGAUUCAUGAGUACGACUUUGAAAUAAAAAAUGUUCCUUUCAAAAUGGUUGAUGUAGGUGGCCAAAGGUCAGAACGGAAACGUUGGUUUGAAUGCUUCGACAGUGUCACAUCAAUACUCUUCCUUGUCUCCUCAAGUGAAUUUGACCAAGUGCUUAUGGAGGAUCGGCAAACGAAUCGCCUUACGGAAUCCCUGAACAUUUUUGAAACAAUAGUCAAUAACCGGGUUUUCAGCAACGUCUCAAUCAUUCUCUUUUUAAAUAAGACGGACUUGCUUGAGGAAAAAGUACAAAAAGUGAGCAUCAAAGACUAUUUUCCAGAGUUUGAAGGAGAUCCCCACUGCUUAACAGAUGUCCAAAAAUUCCUGGUGGAUUGUUUUCGUACUAAACGCCGGGACCAGCAGCAGAAGCCCCUCUACCACCACUUCACCACUGCUAUUAACACAGAAAACAUACGGCUAGUUUUCCGUGAUGUUAAGGAUACCAUCCUUCACGACAACCUCAAGCAGCUUAUGUUACAGUGAUGUGCAAAAAGACAUUUUUAUUUGAGUAACUUUUGUGUGUUUUUUUUUAUUUUAACUAGAAGUUUACAGCAGGAGUAGAGAAAUCCAGAUCCUGUCAGACUUCUUGAUAUGUGGCUAAAAGCUGCUGCUGAACACAUUAUUGCCAAUUUCUGCAGAAAUUCAGGCUUAAUCUCUUCCAGUGUAGCUUCAAGUUGACUCAAGUUGUAAUUUUAUAGCAGACCUAUGUCUAAGUUACCUGUAAAGUGAUAAAUUUGACCUUUUAAGAACGUGUAUAUUAUCCUAGAUAAUUCAUUCCACCUUCAGAAUUCCAAGUCCAAACUUCAGUGAAAUUGUCGCAAUUGCUAGACUGUGGCAGUAAUUUAAGGGGGGGAGAAACUUUCACAUCUAACUUCAUUAUGAAGACUGUGAUACCAUAGCUGACUUACGAUUUCUCAGGUCUAUUCUUGGUUAGAAAUACCAUGAAUCCCUUGCUGGAAUCAUCUAUUUGAAGGUAGGAUUCCUGGGUGUAAUGUACUUCCUGUUCAAGUGUAAGUCUUUGUGUGGGGUUUGACUAGGAGGUGCUUUAAAAAUACUUAGAUUGGGAGCUUCAGGCAUAUCGGGCAGGAAGUACUAAUGCAGGCAGAAGUCUAGUAAUGAGGAAUUAGUGAAUGGCACAGUACACAG